AAUAUCAGAAAUUAUUAUUUUCCUUUUCAGCAAAAUCCAGCAGUUUGUUUUGAUAAAUGCUAAUCUUGUUUUUAAGUAAAAUUUCAAAGAAAUUUAUUGUUAUUAUUAUUGUUUAUAAAUCUACUGUUGAGCUUGUGCAAUAAGUAACAUCUUGCACGCGGUACGCGGGAUAUACUAUGUAUUGACGUAAUGUAAACAUGUGUCAGAAAAUUUCGUUGUAUUAAUCGGAGAGUUUGUUUAAUCAAUAAAACUUCAAAGAGACUGUUUAUCAUGUUGCCUAUCGUAACGAGAUAUAACAUAAUUUCGAGGAUAUCUUGUAGUUUGUUAAAUAAGACUUCGAUUAAAAAACGUAUCAUACAAGUGAAUAGAUGUAAAAGCUAUGUUCGAGGUUAUGUUAAUCUUAAUUCAGUACAUUUUUCGAAGAAAAAUUCUCAAACUUUAUUACAAUUGCCUCUAAAAAAUUUUAGUGCAGAUACCGAAUAUUCAACAGAAUACUCACUUAGCUCUGUGCAAUAUGAGAAGAUCUGUGAUGAAACUUUAGACUCAUUAAGUGAGUACUUUGAGGAAUUAAUCGAAGCAGCGGCACAUUUACCAGACGCCGAUGUAUCUUAUGGAGAUGGUGUACUGACUGUAAUGUUUGGUGAGCCAUAUGGUACUUAUGUUAUAAAUCGCCAAACACCAAACAAACAGAUUUGGCUCUCUUCUCCAAAAUCAGGGCCAAAACGUUAUGAUUUUAUAAAUGGUCAAUGGAUAUACAAACAUGAUGGCAAAACAUUACAUGAAUUAUUAAAUAAUGAGAUACCAGCGAUUGUGAAAAAUAAAGCAUGCUUUGAUAAAUGUUCUUUUAGUGGUAAAGAAAAACAAGAUAUGUGAUUGAUGAUUUUUCUUCUUAUUGAGACAUAAUAGAGAUUUAAUUAUGAUCUACUAUAAUUGUCUUUAUAUAAUUAUAUGUGGAAGGUACUAAAAAUUAGAUUUAUGAAAAAAUUGUAUAUAAAACUAAUUUAAAAUAAGUGAAAGAAAUUUCUCAACAAUAUAUGUAUAUAUAUGUAUAGAUACUACAGUGUAAAAUUUUUAUGUGAGUAAUUUUAAUAUAUCAAGUAAUCACGUAUUGUAUUGCAAAUAGACUUUUUAUAUUGGCACUUAUACACUAUUGUUACUUAUUUAUACUGUAGAUUGCAGCAUAUACAUAAGGAAUGUUGAAACAUGCAAGUUAUCUUAAAAAGGAUAUACAUGACAUAUUUACUAUGUAA